AUGGUGCGCACUCGUUCCCAACCUCUUUCCCCAGGGGGAUAUCACUCCCUGGACCAACUUCCUCCUCGUCGCCGUGCGACGCGCAGUGCGUCCGCAGAACCCAAACCUGCAGAGUCCAAACCUUCAGAGCCCAAGCCCACAAUGACUCGCAAGACUCGUGGUAAGAGUACCACCACUAAGAAGACCGCUCGCAAAAGCUCGAAGGCGGCCAAAUCUAAAACACCCGAUUCCCCGUUACCCCCAUCAACCGAGACUGAUCAGGCGAAAGUGCUUGCUGUGGACACUGCUGAUCAGCAAGACGUUGGUACCGAAGUCCAGAUGGCCCAAAGCGUCACUGACACCCCCACUCGGCAACCUCUCUCUGAACUCCAAAACCGAGUUCUAGGUCCGCAGCAGGCGACUCCUAUCAUGCGCCGUCGGCCCCGUAUCCCCUACUCCACUAUCACUACCCGCCGCCGAAACAAUGCCGAUGGCCGUGUGGUUCACACCCUGUUCCAGCUCGAGGGUCUUGUCAACCAGUCAGCUGAGGCCACUGCUACAGAACACGCUGGCGCUUCUCAGGAAGGGCCUCUGUCGAUUGUCGAGGCUCCUGCUACCCCGGAACCGGCGGUCCCUUCAACCCCAAAGUCCGCCCCUGCGCCAAGUACUGAUGCCUCUCCCAGCUGGUCGCGAAGGAUCUUUAGCAAGGUAUCCUCAAGAUUUUCCUUCAUUCGUGGGCGAAGUAGCCCCCAAAAACCUGAAGAGUCUAUGGAUGUUGAACCUACCGUGGUAAGCACUGACGCGAUUGACACCACCGCCCCCAAGCCCCACGAGACGGAUGUGAGCGCGCAGGCUUUGCCCGUGGGCACUCCUAUGAAGAUGAAUGCGGCAAAUACGAUGACGACACCGGUGGCUGUAGCCAAUACACCCCGCAGUGCCCGUAAACUACUCACCCCACGACCACCCCCCAUCAAUUACACUGUUAGUUUCGGCUCGGGCGGUAAAUUCAGCAAAGAGACACUCGAGAAGUGCUAUGCACGGAGUAGGAAUCUUCAACCGCCAACGCCUGUCAACGCAGUCCCGGAGGAGCCAUCCUCAGAGCAGGCAAAGAAGCGCAAGCGCUUGUCUCCCGAGUCCAUUCCGAACCCGCCUGGAUGCAGUUACGGACUGCACGAUGACUAUUUCACGUUUGAUUCUGACGACGAGGUUUGGGCGGCUCAAGAGAAGUUUAUGCGAGACGCAGAGGCUGCCGCUGCAAAGGCCGCGGAACUGAAGGAUGAACAAGCUGAUCAACCCCCUCCCAAAAAACAACGCGUGGCUGAGGAGACAACUCAGCAGCGUCGCCGACAUAUCCUCCACUCAGAAACACCCCGCAAGACCCAAAAUCGUCCUGGAUACAAUCCAAACCGUGAAAACCGAUUGUACGAACCUACUGCUUUAUCUCCCAUUGAGUCGAGUGAUUUCCUCUCGGAAGGCGAGCAAGGACCCCGUAUCACCCAAACUCGCCCCAAUUGGAACACGGCCCCGUCAAAAAAACCCACGAACAAACAUGGCACCUUCCAGACUCCCGGAUGGGAGUCAUCCUCCGACUCUGACGAUUAUCCUUCUUCUGGCCCCCGGGUUCAAUCACCGCAAACCCUCAAUGGUAUCAACACUCCCGAUGUUACCAAUACUCCCAAUGGUAUCAACACUCCCAAUGGUAUCAACACUCCCAAUGGUAUCAACACUCCCAAUGGUAUCAACACUCCCAAUGGUAUCAACACUCCCAAUGGUAUCAACACUCCCAAUGGUAUCAACACGCCCGAUGGUAUCAACACGCCCGAUGAUACCAGUACACCCAAAGGUGUCAACACUCCAAAUGGUAUGUUUAUGCAGCUCAUGCCUUCCUCUCCAGACGACUUCUACUCGGUUCCGUUGCCGGCCCCAAGAAUCAUUAGGAAUCCGAAUCCACAUGGAACGUUUCAGACCCCAUACUCUGAUUCAUCCUCGGACGAAGACGACAACUCAUCCCCCAAUAUCGCAAGAGCUAACCCAAGAAAUGAAGAAGAAAUAAGGACCCCUCCCCGAGUCGACGAUACUCCCAAGUCCGAUGACCCCUCUCCCCUCACCCGAAUUCGCAAUAAGGCCCAGCAGUUCAAACCUAAAACCCCCAGCCGCCUUCGCGAGGCUUCUCGCUUUUCUCUCGGCAGCACGAAUAUCCCUUCCCCGGACGUCGAACCAAUCUCAGUUGACGGGUCUUCUUACUUAUUCCCAGGCACCCCUGGCGAUAAGACCGACGAUUAUCUACCUGGUCAACAAGACAUCCCUGAAAUUGAUCCUAACUGGAUCCUAAAAAUCUGCCCAGAAGGGGACUUCGGGCACUUACCAUGGCCAUAUCUAAGCGGUACCUCUAUUCACAAUCCCAACAUUGCUUGGGAUACCCCCAAGAUGGAGACAGCAGUUCAACACUGGGCCCAGGAGUACCGAUCAAAAGUCUGA